CUUAUCUUCAGGCAUCUGUAAAAAAGCCUUGCAUUAGAAAGAAAGAGGCCACCAAAAGCAAAGUACUGGUAGAAGUAGUAGGUAAAAAAGUAAAGCAACACUAGACCUAGGCUUUCAAUUGCAAGGAAAGGAAAAGAGGUAUUUUGGUAAUUGACGAAGCUCCGAAAUAAAUCCAUGACGGUGUCGUGCCAGAGAAUUGGAUGUAUUGUCCAGCUUCGAUUUCCACUGUAGCGAAGUAGACGACGCAUUUCGAUCGUAUCGGCGUUCCACAGCGAUCAGAGCAGAGCACCGAUAGCAGAGCAACAGCAAAAGGGAAGACCGAACUCGACCAGGAUCGAAUCCCGACUCGCGAGCUUGAUCUGGAGGCGACCAGUGUACUGCGGUUACUAAAGAGGUUUGUUUGAUAUUGGCAGUACCGUGCGGGCUACACAAAUCGCGACAAGAUGCCGAAACCAACGACGGUGAAGAUGUAUAACCCCUGGGGCAACCGGAAGGAUGAGGGACGGCCCAACUACACUCUGCAAGUGUCCUGUGUUGCCAAGGUACUAUAAACAGGAGUGAAAACUUUAUAGAAAUAACGUCAAAGAAAAUGUUUUUGAAGUUGUUUCUUCUGUAGUUGGUUUUUCUGGUACCUUGCUUGAUGUUGCCGAGUUUCCUAACGAAAAUAUCAGCCGCGCACCGAAGAAUAUGCGGAGGAGGACGACGGGUUGGAGCUUGUGCGGCUGACGAUGAACAACCCAUUUUCUGUCCAGUGGUUUCCGUUUCCGCCAGAUUUCAUCCGGCGUGAAGCGUACACAAAACCGGACAUGCUGAUGGAGGUCAGUCUGCUGGAGCCGAUAGAGGGCGAUCGAUUUGAGUUUCGACCAAAGGAUCUGCCACUAGGGGCGCCAGGUUCCCUAAAGUAUCAAUACAGUUGGAGGACGUUUUUCGCAUCACCCUUCACAUUCAAGUACCUCUAUUCAUGCGAACUCGUUCUUUCAAUCUUUAUCUCAUUUAUAAUCUUUCAAUUUCACGACCACGAGUAGUACUCAGGUACACCAUUUCGUUUUGCGGCGUCUGAGAUCGACCUUGCGUUUUACCGUGACGGUAAGGCAAUUCUGCCAGCUAAGCCUUGGAAAAUUCCGGUUUUGUACAAAGACAAAGAGCUAUCCGAAGCUGAUCAGAGGUAGGUGGAGUGGACUUUUACUUUGUUAUCCCUCGUGUUUCAAGAUAGCGUAGAAAUGUCUCGAGACAAUUAAAUCCUAUUGUACGUCUAGGUAGUCAACACUUCUGAGGACGUUUUUUCUAGACUCCUUGUAUCAUUCGGGCACUGCUGCGUGUUGUAACCCUGAUGCUUUCGACCUAUCCCAGAUACAACCUAGAAUUUGGGAUUGAAGAUUUGUUGCAAGAUUGCGCGGAUUUCCUUUUUGAUGGCAGACCAGCCGAACCUCAGUUAGCGCUUGCAAAGUUUCUUUUCAAGCAGCACGAAGAAGACAGACUCAUGGAAGAAAUCGAGCAAGCUCGACUAGAGCGGAAAGAAGAGUUAUGAUAUACUGAUGUUUCUAGUCUGAACCAAACGACCACGACUCGUCGUUUCCUUCGGACGUCGAGUGUGGUCAUCGUCGUUGUUGGCAAAUCUUGAUGCUUCGUCAUCAAGCUGCCCAAUGUCACGCCAUCUUCAUACAUUAAAUCAAGUGUUCGACCCCUACGCAGAGUUCAACGUCUCUAACACGCGAAAGGAUCCGUGCAUUGGAAGGUGUUGACCCGUUGGCUUUGGAAGGAGGGGAAUUAGUAGACGGAGUAGCCGCUGACUCACAGGAGCGACCUCCAGAAGGGGAACAAGCUGCUUCUUCUUCGGCAAAAGUCGCACGCAUAGCCUCGAAGGAACGAUCAGACGAGGCCGCUCCAGCUGUGAUGCCACGUGAUGGACCAUUGCCCUCAGCGCUGAAGCAAGGGGUGGCACUCCCGGCAGAAGCAGCUGCGGACGCAGGAUCGAAGUCACAACAUUUAGAAGAGGGUGCGGCGCCAGUGGUCGACGGAGAGGCAGAAGAUAGGCCGCCGCAAGCUGCGCUACCACGGGAGCACGAAGUCAUAGAUGAAGCAACCCCAAAGCACGAAGUUCCGCCAAAUGAAGGUGAAGAGAAGACAGCUGCCCUGGCAGAAGAAGAAGACACGACAGUUUCAGGUGAUCCAGCUAGGACAGAGCAGGAGCACGUAGAAGAAGUUGUAGCGAAUGCCGAUGCACCUGGGAUGGAAGCUGCUGACGCCGCAUCAGAUGAAAUCCCAAAAAUAAUAGUAGUUGCUCCAGAGGAUGAACCCUCGCCUGCUUCUGCCUCGGAUCCCCCAGCACCUGCUGGUGUAGGUUCUGACCCUGCACCACAAGGUUCAAACGACUCUAUGGAACCAGUAGAAGGUGGAGGAGACGAGGCAGCAGGCCAGAAUGGGGAAGGCGACGAAGAACCAGAGAAGACUCAAGAAGACGAGGCAGCGGAAGCCGGAUGAAGACGAGAGGGACUACAGGUGCGCUUUUCAACAAGCAGGAAACAUGAAUAUGAUUGAUAAUUUGGUAGAAUUUUCUCAUCCUGAUUGCGAUUCUAAAGUACAGUAUUGGCUUUGACUUACCAACGGUGUUUUCCGUUGGGCCAAAUGUGCUGCUUGUCUUCCUCGAUUCGGUUACCUCUGUGUCGCGUCGAUCUAU